GUCAUAGGCAUCUGUGGUGUAAUAUUUGAGGCCCGCCUGGGCUGUCUCAGAGGUGAGGUUGCAGAUGAAACCCAGAAAUUCAUCAGCUCGGUUGGAAUCAUGUUGGAGAACGAGGUAGUGCUUGAACGGCUACCUCACUGGACCAGAAAUUGGCUUCCUUACUGGGGACGUUUUGUAGAGGCCUGGGACACCCUCUUUGCUUAUGGGACGAAAAUGAUUGACAAGAAAAUGGAAGACAUUGAAGGGCGCCUCCAAAGAGGAGAAGAUUUGGGAGGAGCCUAUCUUACUCAUCUGCUGACCAAUGGGACGCUGGGCCUGAAGGAGGUGUAUGGGAUCAUGCCGGAGAUCCUUCAAGCUGGGGUGGACACGACAUCAAAUACCAUGACAUGGGCCCUGUACCUGCUGGCAAAGCACCCAGAGGUCCAAAAGACUCUCUAUGAGGAGGUGGUGAGAGUUAUCCCCGGAGACAAAGUUCCCUCCCAUGAGGAUCUUGCUAGAAUGCCUCUGCUGAAAGCAGUCUUCAAGGAAACCCUGAGGCUGUAUCCGGUGGUUCCACAAAACGGACGUAUUAUAACAGACAAGGAGAUCGUUCUUCUAGAAGGAUAUGUAUUCCCUAAAGAUACCCAAUUCGUACUCUCUCACUAUGUUCUGUCCCGGGAUGAGAACAGCUUCUCUGAACCUGACAAGUUCCUGCCCCAGAGGUGGCUGCGCAGCUUUGAGAGGAAACAUCACCCUUUAGCUCUAUCCCCUUUGGGUAUGGGGUCAGGGGGUGCCUGGGGCGUCGGGUAGCUGAGCUGGAAAUGCACUUAGCUCUGUCUCAGAUGAUCCGGCAAUUCCAGGUGCUGCCAGACCCAGAAAUGAAGGAACCUAAGGCAAAGAAUCGAGUGGUUCUUGUGUCAGACAUUCCAAUCAAUUUGCAGUUCAUCGAUCGAUCGCCACUAAUGGAUACGGGGCUAAAAAACCUUUUCAAGGAAACUGAAGUGAAACAG